CAAUGUAUUCUCUAAACAGUGUUUUAAGACUAAACGAAAACUAUGCCGUUUAACACGAAAUAUCAAGCUACGCCGUUUCCGGCUUACACAACGAAGUCGUCCUACAAUUUUAUUGUCACCCUCUCCUAACAAACUCAGAUCCUAUUCCUUCGAAAGACAGACAUCUGAAUCAUCACAGCCGCUGGCCGAAACACAAGUUCCCUGUGGAAUUCUUGUACCAAUCUGCCACUAUCCCAAUUCAAUGCAUUGUCCAUGAACCCAUCAUAUCUUCGACGAAAGGGGCAGAGAAACUCGACCCUGAUAGCUUCCAAUACGACUACGCACGCCCCAAUCCUCGACCGUAAUUGCUUCUGCCGUCUCUCUCUCUUGGCGAUUUGAUUUUGCCUCUGUUACUGGUGAAUUAUAUGCAAAACUAUAUAGUUUUAUGUAUACGUUUCUUGCUUUCUUGAAUGAAUUUGGGGUUUAGUUGAUUUUUCUCUAUACCCGAUUCAGAUUGUUUGCUUCUCUUCCUCAAAUUACUGCCUAUGUAUGCUUUGUGUGGUUCAGAAGUCUGAAUUUCUAAAGUUUUUCUGUUCCUAAGAAUUCGAAUUAUCUGCAUAUUUACAGCCUGUGGCUGUGUCAUUCGAAUCGACUCGGUUGUCUAUUUAAUGGUCGCCCGGUUCGGUUGAAAUAAAUCCUGGGUGCUCCAUUUUUUAGCAUCUUUUUCCUUUCCAGUUAAUCAUAGUGAACUAGUCUAUGCUACAGUGCAGACAAUCCAUGGUUAUUAAUAUCAUUAGGAGAAAAUGGUGCAGUGGAUGUUUUUGGGUUGGGCUGGAGGGUCAGGUUUUCUCUUUUGGAUGCCAGCAAGGAUUUAAUUACCAGCAGAGGUGUGGUUUGGUGAAUGUAAAACUGAAAUGGGUGAAAGACAGAGCACUUGAUGCUGUUGUGUCUGGUGAAAGGGAUCUCAGAGCAGCUUGCAUUCUUGUUUCCAUGAUCUCUUCUUCUCCCCAUUCUUGUGUUCCCAUAUAUCACCUCUCUCGCCAUCGCGGACAGCUUGGUCUACCGCAUGAUCUUAAGCUCUCCACCUUUAUUAGGAGAUACCCUACUGUUUUUCAGGAGUCUCAUAGUCUUGAUGGCGGAGGCACUCGUGUCCCUUGUUUUGGCUUGACUCCUGAAGCAUUAAAACUCCACCAAGAAGAGCUCGAUAUUAUUGAGAAGAAUCAAGUGGAUCUUGUCAAUAGGCUCCGCAAACUGCUCAUGCUUACCAGAGACCGGACCCUGCCUUUGCAAACUAUUGACCAGCUGAAAUGGGACUUGGGUUUGCCAAAUGAUUACCAUUAUUCCUUGAUUCCACAUCACUCCAGAUUUUUCUCUUUGGUCACCCUCUCUGACAAGCGUGAUGGCUUGAAGCUCAUGUCCUGGGAUAAUGAUCUUGCUGUCUCACAAUUGCAAAAAAAUGCUGCCCUUCAACAGAAUGAAAACGAUGUUAAAAAUGGCUGCUUAGCAUUUCCAAUUGGAUUUACAAGGGGUUUUGGGUUAAAAAGGAAAUCCAUGGAGUGGUUGAAAGAGUGGCAAAAGCUCCCUUAUACUUCUCCGUAUUCCGAUGCCUCCCUUUUGGAUUCCCGCACAGAUGUCUCUGAGAAGAGGAUUGUUGGAGUCUUUCAUGAGCUUCUUCACCUAACCAUAGAGAAGAAAACUGAGCGUAAGAAUGUGAGCAACCUCCGAAAGCCACUGGCUCUGCCUCAGAAGUUCACUAAAGUGUUUGAGCGCCAUCCUGGUAUAUUUUACAUCUCUAAGAAGAAUGACACUCAGACUGUAGUUUUAAGGGAAGCCUAUGACCAUCAGCAACUCUUGCAUAGGCACCCUCUUGUAGAAAUCAGGGAAAGAUUUGGAAGCAUGAUGAGGACAGGGUUGUUGGAGAGGAGCAGAGGGUUUUACAAGAGAAGUGCAAGUGCAGGUGCUGGCGUAGAACAGGAUCGAACGGAUGAUGUUUAUGUUGAUGAAAUGGAUGAUACGCAGGGUAGUUCUGAAGAGGAGUCAGGCUGUAAGUUGUUUUCUGACUAUGAUUCAGAUGACCCUAUACAUGAACCAUGUUGAGUUCUGCCAAUGCAUUCAGCACCAAUGAAUUGUUGGGAGUUUAAAAUUAUUCAAUCCCAACGUGAGCAAAUACUUUUCCA